AUGGACGACGUUCCCGUGUUCGCGUCGUCGGCGAGAAUUCAAGCCAGGCUGCACGCAGUCAGUGCGACCGUGUUUCCAGAGAAUAAUGUGCCGAGAUCGCCCCCGCCGUCGCCUUCAAAAGAUGACAAGCGGCGCGACGGGGUGCCCGCAGACGUCCCGAACGCUUUGGCGGGGAAAAAUAUGUUCAAGUUUACGCUGAUUCCGACGAAGAACGCCGGAGCGGACAUGAGCGCGGUGCCCAGAUACGUGCCUGGCUUCGUACAUCGUAGAGAUAUCGAGCAAAGGACGAUAGACUUGGCGAACGAGGCGAUGAAACCGACCCCGCCGCCGUCGCCGUCCGCCGAGGCGCGUCCGGGCGCGGAACUUCCAGAGCCUGAAUAUUUGCGAAAGCUCAAACCUGGUGACGUCGAGCUCGUAUUCUUAGGCACUGGAUCUGCGGUGCCGGCAAAGUAUCGCAACGUCUCGGGAUUUUCCAUGCAGUUCGGCGGCGAAGGGUACCGAGGGAACAUCAUGCUCGACACCGGCGAAGGAUCGCUGGCGCAAAUGAUUCGUCGCUUCGGCGCGAGCGCGGUGGAUGAAAAGUUGCGAGAGAUGAGAAUGGUGUGGAUCUCGCACAUUCACGCCGACCAUCACGUCGGUUUACCGCGCAUUCUCACCGCUCGCGCCGAGAUCUUUCGUCGAGACGGCGUGGAGCCGCCAAUCAUUCCCGUCGUCGGUCCUCGCGCGCUGCGCCGCUUCUUGGACUACUACGAGGAUCUCGAACGCUUACACUGUGAUUUCAUCGACUUGAGCGAGACGACGCAGGAUAAAUGGUCGAGCGAGACGAUGAGCCCACAGGUGGCGCGACUGCGCACCGCGCUCAUGGGAUCAGAUUUGGACGAAAUUGUCGCCGUACCCGUGCAUCACUGCGCGCACGCGUACGGCGCCAAGCUCGUCGGCAAGCGAGGAUGGACGAUGGUGUAUUCUGGUGACACUCGCCCGUGUCCGAGUCUCGUCGCGGCCGCGCGCGACGCCACGCUCCUCGUCCACGAAGCGACGUUCGAGAACGGUAUGGAGGAAGAAGCCGUGAAGAAGCGGCAUUCGACGACCAAGGAGGCUGUGCAAACCGGCAUCGACGCCGGCGCCUAUCGCACCAUUCUCACGCAUUUUUCGCAGCGAUACCCUAAAAUCCCAAUCUUUGACGGGACUUACACCGAGCGCACGGCCGUGGCGUUCGAUUUGAUGAGCGUCGAUUUUGCCGGAUUAUCGUCGCUCCCCAAACUCCUUCCCGCGGUCCGUUCGUUGUUCGAAUCGGACGACGAAAUCGCUCGCGAGGCACAAAUCGACGGCGACGACGACGAGUAA